CUGCUUUUUUUCCCCACCUGAGGAACGAUGGCCUUUCUGGGAAUUCCUGAGCUCAAGACCUCCUGGGUUGUGACACUAACAGUGAUGAUCACGCUGAGGAGCAACGUGGCUCUUUGCACAGACCUUCCAGUUAAGCCCGGAGUGAAAAUUUUUCUUGUGCAAACAGAGCCAUUGGGCCAUCCCAGCAAGCUGGCUUGUUCUGCAACAAGGUUUUAUCCCUCUGAAAUCAGGAUCAGGUGGUUCAAAAAUGGGCAGGAAGAGACGGACAAAGUUGUGGAUGAGGACCUCCUCCCAAAUGGAGAUUGGUCUGUCAAGAUCCUGGUCACUUUGGGAGUUAUGCCCAAGCAAGGGGAUGUCUAUACUUGCCAGGUGGAACAUGUCAGCCUGCCAGCACCCAUCACCAUGGACUGGGAGAGACAUUCUGGAUCUGGUCUGGGCAAGAAGCUGACUGGAAUACUAGUCUUUGUGCUGGGUUUAGGCUUCACUGUCAUGGGACUCAUCAUCUAUCAGAAGAAAAAGAAAGGGCUCUCGUGCCUGUCUGCUGCAGCCUCAGAGGAAGCCGACACGGAAAGGGACGUGCUGCUGGGUGACUAGGUCCAUGGCCAACCUCUAUGAAUCCAAUCCUCUCUUGCAGGUUUAAGAGGAGCCCUUGCUCCCUGCUCCUUCCCAACAGUAUUCCCUUUCUUCUUAGUGUUGCCCAUGUUAGUAGAGUGCUGACUCUUCCCCUCUCAGAGGAACUAUGAAUUUGCAAAUUUGCAAAUUCAGGGAUUACCUCAGGGCCUGACACUGGGCCACUGAGGCGAGGAUGAACUCUCUUCCUGCCUGAAGAUGCAGAAGGAGAGCUGGAGCUUCCCAGCCCCAUGCACACCUGGAGAGGAAGGGAAUAAAUAAGAGCAUUUCUAAGGAAUAUUUUGUACUUUGAGCGAUUUAUCUAAGGGUCUGAAAGGAUUUAAUAACCGAGAGCUAAUUAAAU